AUGAGUACCAUCGAUCGCGAAGAGGAGGUAACUCGGGGAGAGAAAACCGAUGUCGAAUUUGUCGCCGUCGACAAGAGCGUUUCUUCUGGGGACCACCAGGACGGCCAGGUUGCUGAUGUCGACCUGCAGCCGGUCGGUCUCCUGAACCUAUCCGGCAUCAAAAGCACCUGGAAUGCGAAAAGUCUGGCGGUCGCCUGGGGUGGUGCCCUGGCAUUGAGCUUCGUCGUGGCCUACGACAACAAUACGUUCUCGUCGUUUGCACCUUAUGCGACCAGCGACUUUACCGACCUUUCCCUGCUGGGUUUGAUCGGAACAAUCCAAGGUGUCAUUUCUGCUGUGAUGCAACAACCUCUCGGAAAACUGGCAGAUGUCUACGGGCGGUUUGAACUCUUCACUGCUUGUAUUGUUAUUGUGACUGUUGGACAAGUCAUGUUAACAGCCUCUACCAACAUCAACGUGUACGCUGCAGCACAGAUCUUCUUCGUUGUUGGCCUUCUCGGCCUCACAUUGAUGCUUCAAUUUCUCGCUGGUGACUCGAGCGAUCUCAAAAAUCGCCUGAUCAUAAGCGCGAUUCCAAUUAUUCCUGUUGCCGUCACUAGCUGGACUGCGGCCCCCAUCGUGACAGCGAUUCUCAAUGACACGACAUGGAGAUGGGGCUUUGGAAUCUUUGCUAUAUUGUUCCCCGUCUUCUCUGUACCACUUCUUGGUACUUUGUGGUGGCAUCAAAGAAAAUCGACCAAAGCACGCAAAGCCAAUGGGACCUACACGCCCUUCAACCACUGGUUGAUUUUUCAACAGCUUGACCCUAUUGGCUUUAUCUGGUUUACUGGCGGUCUCACCCUGGUCCUCCUCCCGCUCAGUCUCGCAUCAAGUAACAGCUCGUGGAAAAGCGCGCAUAUCAUAAUCAUGCUCGUGAUUGGUGGUGUCUCGUUGAUCGUAUUUGGUCUGUGGGAGUGGAGAUUCGCAAAGUGGCCUUUGUUGCCGCUGGCUCUGUUCAAGGACCGCACCAUCACAUUUGGAGGUCUAUCCAAUCUCAUGGCCUACCUGGGCAUGUACACUUUCCAGUCCUAUUUGUUCGCCUACUUGGUGGUGGAUUCCAACCUCAGCGUGGCGGCCGCGACAAACGUACUCGUUGUCCAACCUUUCGUUGCCACGUUUGGAAUGAUCGGGAGUGGACUCAUCUUGAAGUACUGGGGAAGACCCAAAUGGGUCAUCGUUGCCGGAUUCUGCGUCAACGUCCUCGGAAUGGGACUGACGCUCCGAUACCGAGACGCUUCGGUGCAUAUUGCUCCAUUGAUCGUGGGGCAGGGUCUGUUUGGGCUCGGCCAGGGAAUGGUCUACACCAUCCAGACGGCGAUGCAAGCAUCGGUUCCCGAGACAUCAAUGGCUCAAGUCACAGCGUUGUAUACUACAUUGGGUGCGGUUGGCGAUGCCUUCGGUGCCGCCAUAUCGGGCAGCGUAUGGAUCAACGUCCUACCCCAAAAGCUCCUGGAGAACCUGCCCGCAGCUCUUCUACCUCAACUCGCCGACAUUGAGGGUUCGGUGGGGCUUUGCCUGAGCUUCGCUUGGGGCACGCCCGAGCGGGUCGCCAUCAACACGUCGUACGAUCAAACCAUGCGCAUCCUGCUGAUCGCCGGCUUGUGCUGCGAGGCCGGUGCAUUGCUCCUGUCCCUGUUCAUGGAUGACCAGAACUUGAAGACCCUCGACGAGUCGAGAGACUAUGGAGGCGUCGUCAUCGGGAAGACCGGCGGCCUCGAGGCUAUCAAGGAACGUGUGCGUGGUGCCAAUGUGGAUACAUCCGCCGCCGCCAAGGAGGAGGACUCCUCGGAGGUCCAGUAG